AUCAAGAACCUAGGCAUGCAGACUGCUUCUACAAACAUUUGUGAAGGAAUGGAUCACUCUCAGGAGCUCAGUGAAUUCAAGCAUGGUACCGUGAUAGGUUGCCAUCUGUGCAAUAAGUCCAUCCGUGAAAUGUCCUUGCUACUAAGUAUUCCACAGUCAACUGUUAGUGGUAUCAUAACAAAGUGGAAGCAACUGGGAACAACAGCAACUCAGCCACCAAGUGGUAGGCUGCGUAAAAUGACAGAGCGGGGUCAGUUACCAAUUGUCUGAGUCAAUAGCUUAACCAGUUGCCACCUGACCGCCAUCUGUGGUUAAAGACUUCCAAACUUUGCGUGGCCUUCAGAUAAGCACAAAAACAGUGUGCAGAGAGCUUUCCAUGG